CUUAUCUCUUAUUUGAACCAAAAAACGAGUUGCCAUAGUACAGUACAGUUAUUAUUGGCUAUAUAUAUUACUAACACAAGUACUUAUUCACCAUCCAGUUUAAUAGGUUCUAUAUUUUAAGACAAUAAACUCAAAAUUGCAACAUUUUCAGUGCCAAAAUCAGCCCGAAGAAAUGAGAACUUGCUGGCCUUUCAAACAUAUUGUUCUUGUAGUAUUUCUUGCUCUAUCAAUCUCAUUCAGAACAGCAAAUUCAGACCCUCAAACCACAUUUUUAAUUCAGGGAUGCAGCCCGUACAAUGCAUCUGAUUUCAAGGAUUUCUUCAACAAUCUUAAUGCCAGUUUUGCUGAUCUCAGAAACCAGAUAUCACAAGAGAAGAAGCAUUUUGCUACCACAAGCCAUCCUGUUUAUUCCCUGUUUCAAUGCAGGAAUUACCUUUCCAACGCUGAUUGUGCUUCUUGUUACAAAACUGCUGUUUCCCAGAUCAGAAAUUGCUCUAAAGCUAAUGGAGCUCGUGUUCUGUUUGAUGGCUGCUACUUAAGGUACGAGAGUUCAAUUUUCUAUGAAGAGGCCGCUCCUCAAGAAGGAUAUGGUGAGAUAUGCAGCAGUACAAAUGCUUCACAGCCAACUAAUUUUCAAACUCAGGCUGCGGGUCUGUUACAGGAUCUAAAACUUGCGACGCCGCGAAUUAAUGGAUUCUUCGCUGCUUCGAAGAGGCAACUGAGCAAUGGUAAAGAUGCAGUUUAUGCAAUGGCUCAAUGCGCGGAGACACUAAGCCCGAGUGGCUGUCAAGACUGUUUGAAUGUGACAUAUAGCAAUAUAAAUGGCUGUUUACCCAAGGAAGAUGGAAGAGCUUAUGAUGCAGGCUGUUUUAUGAGGUAUUCAGCGACUCCUUUUUUUGCUGAUAACCAGACAACCAACAUCAUUCCUUAUCUAAAUGAAGGAAACACAAAGAAAAAGAAAGCGAUUAUUGGUGGAGUUGUUGGUGGUGCUGGCCUUGUCCUUGUUAUCAUACUUGCUUCAUUUUUUUGGUAUCAACUAAACCGAAAACCAAAGGAAGUUCAGAAAGGUAAAAUCCUGGGAGCAACAGAACUGCAAGGUCCAUUAGUCUACAGUUACAGAGUUCUGAAAUCUGCAACUAAAGACUUCAAUGAAGAAAAUAAACUUGGAGAAGGCGGUUUCGGUGAGGUGUACAAGGGCGCGUUGAGUAAUGGUAACGUUGUUGCCGUGAAGAAGCUUAGCCUAAGUUCAGACAGGGUAAAAGCAGAGUUCGAGAAUGAAGUCAGACUUAUUAGUAAUGUUCACCAUCGGAAUCUUGUGCGCUUAUUAGGUUGUGCUGACAAAGGGGCUGAUCUGCUCCUUGUCUAUGAAUACAUGGCAAACGGAAGCUUAGAUAGAUAUUUAUACGGGGAGAAAAGAGGACUUCUCAAUUGGACGCAGCGGCUCAACAUAAUAUUUGGCACGGCUAGGGGUCUCGCUUAUCUGCACGAACAAUUCCAUGUUUGCAUUAUUCAUCGUGACAUAAAAUCGGGCAAUAUCUUACUAGAUGAUGAUUUUCAGCCAAAGAUUGCUGAUUUUGGAUUGGCAAAGCUUUUGCCUCAAGACCGGAGUCAUUUGAACACUAGAUUUGCUGGUACCUUGGGUUACACAGCACCAGAAUAUGCAAAAAAGGGACAUUUGACAGAGAAAGUUGACACUUACAGUUUUGGAAUUGUAGUCCUUGAAAUAAUCAGUGGCAGAAGAUUCAACAUGAAAGUUGAGCCUGACAGUGCAUACCUUCUUGAGCAGGUAUAUCUCAUUGCCAAAAUUUAUCUCGUUUUUCGCUAUAAAUUAGGUUUACGAUUUCCAUUGUGAUAACAGGCAUGCAAGUUGUAUGAGAUCGGCGCGCAUCUACAGUUGGUGGAUGAGACAAUGGGCCCUCACGAGUACAAUGCUGACGAAGUGAAGAACGUCAUAGAGAUCGCGAUGAUCUGCACUCAGCCGCAACCUUCUGACAGGCCUACCAUGUCCGAGGUAGUUGUCAUGCUGUCAAGUGAUCACUCAAUCGAGCAGCGCCGCCUUUCUCCUGAUAGUAUGAUCGAUAUUGAAAGGAAGUUCACACCAGAAACCUUGCCAUCAAACUCUAAUGCCACAGCCUCUUUCACUGAUUUCACUGGUCGAUAGAUGUUGUUUCCAAUCUUCAGUUACAACAAGAUUAAUUACUCUUGUUCUUCUUUCAAUGAUAUACAAUAAAUGUGAAAUGAUGGAGCAACAUUAGUUAGAAUGGUGUGCAAGGCUUAGAUUGUAUUAAUGCAUGAAAAGCCUAAUUCUGUACUGCUUCCUUUCUGAGUUGUGGCAAAAUUAUGCCUUUUGAAGCAAUCAUCUUACAAAGAUCAGUAUCCUAUAGUAAUAAAUCUGUUGGGAGUUUUGAUAAUGUGGACUUCUAGUCUUUUUUUUUUCUCUCUAAAAAUAUUGGUAUUGUAGUAUCGAGGAUACAACAAUGGCAUUAUGACUAAC